AUGACAGACAAACCGGAAUCCUCGUCACUCUUGCAAGAGCCACGGAUAUUGGAGAUUCUGAACUCUGACUCGUCGCUGGAUUUGCUGCUGUCAAGAUUGAAGCAGUCUAUCAAGGCAUGUGACGAGUUUGCAAACUAUUUAAAGCGAAAACAGAACUCUGAGGAAAACUACGCCAGAGACGUGAAGAGAGCAGCUUCGAGUUGCAAGUCCUCAAUCAGGUCCAACACUUCGGUUUCCAAGGGAUCUUUUGUUGAGUCUUUGGAGAAGGUCAUCGCGUUUGAUGACCGUAUCAUGGGCGAUGUCCGCUCCCCUUACUCUAAGGCGUUGGAAAAAAUGCAAGACGAAUUGAAUUCCGUUUCUGCUACAUUCGUUCGCUUGCGCAAACAGCUCAAAGAAGAAGGUCACAAACGCGAAAAGGACGUUCAGGACGCGGUCUCCCAAGCAGAGAAGGCCAAAAAUAGAUACAAUUCUCUCUGCAGCGAUCUCGAGAGACUCAGACAAUCAGACCAGUCUCAGAAGAAGAUCACGCUGCAAGGACGAAAGACAGGCUCCCAACAGGAGGAAGACCUUGUGCGCAAAAUCAAUGCUGCCGACCAGGAGUAUAAUGCGAAGGCCAACGCUUCCCAGAAAGCCAAAAAUGAGCUCAUCAACACACAUCGUCCAAAACUGUCCAAACGGUUUCAGGAUCUCAUUUUGGAGCUCGACACUGCUCUCCAACUCCAGCUACAAAAGUACGCUGCCUAUAAUGAGUCCUUGAUCGUUGGUCUCGGUAACCAAAUCGCUCCAUUGGGAUCCAACCAUACAUCAAUGGCCUCUGUCGCUGCCUCUGUCAAUCCAGAACAGAACCUUUACAAUUACCUCAUGGGCUCGCAGAUCAAAAAGAAGCAAUCUUUCGUUCCUGUGGAAUACACCAAGCAUCCUCUUUUCAAGUCUACUCCCACUGCCCAGUUCCGUGUUCCUGCCACUCCCCCAGCCACAAGCAAAGCUCCAAAAGUUAUUUCUCCACCAACAGUUUCCAAAUCCACGUUAUCGCCGUCUCUGGGGCCUGUUUCAGACCCAUUCCCAGCUGCUCCGACCGCUCCUGUGUACUCUUCGCUUGAUCCAACGCGUUCAGCACCAGGUGGGACUGCUGCUGCCGCAUCUCCAGCAGGAUUGUCAGGACCGCGUCCUAUCAGCACGGAGCCCUCCGCUGACCCUUCAUCCAACUCUUAUAGUGGGCUGUUGUUUGGUCUUCCAAUAGAAAGUGUCGACCACGACGAGGAAAUGGUUCCUGUGUUUGUGAAGAAGUGUAUCAAUUUGAUUGAGACUUAUGGAGUCAAUUCCGAGGGAAUUUAUCGGUCAAGCCCAAACAAAUUCAAGCUGGAGGAGCUUAAACAUGCUAUCGAUCAAGAUCCAUCCAAUCUGUCGCUUCUGGAUCCGCCGGAUCCUAUGAACGUUACCGACGAUUAUGUCUAUAUGAUUGCUUCAUUACUGAAGCUAUUUUUCGCAGAGCUACCAGACCCAUUGCUCACUAAAGAACAGAGCGGCAAUUUCUUCAAGGCCGGGCAAAUAGAAGACGACGCCACCAUGCAUGUUCAACUACAUCGGAUUGUCUUCGAGUUGCCAGACGCUAACUACUUCACUUUACGUGAUCUGCUAUUCCAUUUCAUUAACCUCAGUCAAAUUCCAAGAGUGCGGAUGAACGUCAAGAAUCUCAGCAUUGUUUGGUUCAACAAUCUUCUGGUGAACGAAUAUACAACUCGUGAUGAGCUUGCUGUCCAGCAGCGUGUCAUUGAGGAGCUUAUCAAUGCUGCUCAGGAGAUAUUCAAUCCAAAGGACGAUUAG